AUGUCAGACGAAUUAAUUUUACAUCAUUAUGCGACAUCGCCGUAUGCUGAGAAAGUGCGAUUGGCUAUGGGUUUGAAGAAAUUGAAUUGGCGUUCGGUAAACAUUGACAUAGUACCUCCCAGGCCUUACCUCGAACCGCUCACAGGUGGCUACCGUCGUGUGCCAGUGCUUCAAGUUGGUGCGGAUAUCUACUGUGACACGCAUCUUAUUUUGCGUGCACUUGACCGUCUACGACCAGAUUCACCUACUCUCUUUUCUAACAGUACAACUCAACCUCUCUGCUGGUGGUGGGAUAAAGCAACAUUUAUACCUGUUGUGAAGGUAUGGGCAGGCCUUCAUGGUGAUAAGUUAAGCCAAGCCUUCCUGGAAGAUCGAAAAAAAUUGCUUCCUGUCAUUAGUCUGACGAAGGAAGACAAUGAAACCGAGAUACCAUUGAAUGUACAGCGCAUUAGAGCACAUCUCGUGUGGCUUACUGACAUGUUGGCUGAUGGACGUCUAUUUCUACUGGAUCAUUCAUCACCAUCAGCAUUCGAUAUAACCGCCUAUCAUACACUAUGGUUCGCUAGAGUUAGAGGAGGUAAUGAAGUUAAGUCUCUGUUGCCACAGUUAUUUCAACCGGGACUACUUCUCUCAUGGUUCGAACGUGUGGCUGCAUUGGGUCAUGGUGAAAAUCGAGAAAUGACUCCCGAACAAGCAUUCGAUGUGGCUAAACAAGCCGAACCUGUCGAUCCCACAUACAUAAAAAAUGAUGCAAACAGUGAGUGGAAUGUUGGACAACGGCUACGUGUCACACCUGACGAUUAUGGUUGCGUACCGGUAGAUGGGGCGUUUGUGGCAGCAGAUGAUCAUGAAAUUGUACUUCGAGUUUCCAACGAUAAAGCAGGCAGUAUUAACGUUCAUUUUCCUCGGGCUGGAUUUGAGGUUGUUCCAGCGUAG